CGCCGCCAGGGGCGGGGAAGGCCGGCAGCAGCAGCAGCAGCAGCAGCGGAGAAGGCGGCGCUCGCUUGGCCGCGCUCUCGGUGCGCUCCGGCCGUGCGCCCUGGCGGAGGAGGCGGCGGCGGCGGCGGCGGCGGCGGCGAGGCGCGGGGCAGCGCAGCCGGGAAGCGGGGCCUGGGCGAGCGGCCGCGAGCAUGGAGGCGGCGGCGGCGGCGCGGCCCGGGGCUGGCGGUGGUGGCGGCGGCUGCGCUGCUCGGUGAGCGGUGGGGGCCGAGCGGCCGGCAUGCCCCCACCCUGGCCAUGGAGGAGCGCUGGCACCGGGUGCUGGCGGCGCUGGUGAUGCUGCUGCUCUUCGGCGGGCUGGUGCUGCAGUACGUGUGCCCGGGCAGCGAGUGCCAGCUGCGGCAGCGCCUGCGGGCAGCGGCGGCGGCCGCCGGCUCGUCCCCGUCCCCGUCCUCCUCCCCGGCGGCGGCGGCGGCUUCCCCGUCGCGGCAGGCCGCCGACCCGUACCGGGCCGAGGACGAGAGCCCCGCGCGCUUCGUGCCGCGCCUCAACUUCUCGGCGGCCGACCUGCUGCGCCGCGUGGAUUUCCGCCUGGCCGGCGACGACCUGAUCGUCUUCCUGCACAUCCAGAAGACCGGCGGCACCACCUUCGGGCGCCACCUGGUGCGCAACAUCCAGCUGGAGCAGCCGUGCGAGUGCAAGGCCGGCCAGAAGAAGUGCACCUGCCACCGGCCGGGCAAGCGCGAGACCUGGCUCUUCUCGCGCUUCUCCACCGGCUGGAGCUGCGGACUACACGCCGACUGGACCGAGCUCACCAACUGCGUCCCCGCCGUGGUCGACAAGAAGGACGCCAAGCUGCGGCCCGCCAGGAAUUUCCACUACAUCACAAUCCUACGUGACCCAGUGUCCCGCUACUUGAGCGAAUGGAGGCACGUCCAAAGAGGGGCGACUUGGAAGGCUUCGCUGCAUGUCUGUGAUGGGAGGUCGCCGACCGUAGAGGAGCUGCCCAGCUGCUACUCGGGGGACGACUGGUCCGGCUGCUCUCUGCAGGAGUUCAUGGACUGCCCAUACAACCUCGCCAACAAUCGCCAAGUCCGCAUGCUGGCCGACCUCAUCUUGGUAGGAUGUUACAAUCUGUCCGUCAUGCCGGAAGAGAAACGGAACCAAGUGCUCCUCGACAGCGCCAAGGAGAACCUGAAACAGAUGGCGUUCUUUGGCCUGACGGAAUUCCAAAGGAAGACUCAGUAUCUCUUUGAGAAGACGUUUAACAUGAACUUCAUCUCGCCGUUCACGCAGUACAAUAGCACAAGGGCCUCCAGCGUCGACAUUGACGGAGAGACCCAGACACGCAUCGAGACCCUCAAUUUUUUAGACAUGGAGCUGUACGAUUAUGCAAAAGAUCUUUUCCUGCAAAGGUAUCAGUACAUGAGACAGAAAGAGCACCAAGAAGCCCGGAGAAAACGUCAGGAGCAGAGGAGAAUGUGGAAGGCCCAACAGGUCCACAUCAAAGAACAGAGCAACCCAAAUUCCACUUCCGACUACAUCGGCAAUGUGGAACAGUGGCGGUAAUGGAAGCUGGAGUGGUUUUUAGGAGUCCAGCUUAGAGAGCCAAGAAAGGGACUACAAAUGGCAGAAGGAAUAGCCAAGAUUAAGCUCUGCUUCUUCCAGGGUUGGAGAAGGCAAGGAGUUCUCAUGUGGCCUUUGCCCGUUGCUUUUGCAUUCCGUGUCGUACUGUAUGUGGGUUAACUUUUAAUCUCUGUGUGUUUCGGAUCCCUCCCUUUUAAAAUAAAAAAAAAUAUUGACCUAUUAAGCAGAGCAACUCAAACCACCAUAGCUAUCAGGGGCAAAUUGCUUAGCUCUAACAAUGCUGAGCUCACUGUAAGCCUAGGAAAUUGGAAAAGAUCACAGUGUGGAGGUGGGAUGGCCUACGAGUUAUGUGUGGUGUGUGGCCCACCAGCUCAUCUUCCGUAGCCCCCUGGGAAAGCCCCAACAAGCUUUCCUAGGAAACCCAUAGAGAUCAGAAUAGAGCAAUAAAGAGCCAGACCUUCCAAUACGGCACUGAAAGCUGUCUUUGGCCAUCUGUGGGGCAGAGAGGGGCACUGCUCUGCUUUAUCUAUGGCAAAAGCCCUACAAGCUUAGCAUUAACGGUUAGGGCAUAAACUAGUUCCAUUUAAUACUGGACAGUUCAGUAAGGACUGCAGUGGUAGGACUGUACCACCUUAACGCAGCCCAUAGAAGCUGUAACACAGCUGGCCAUAGCCACUUAACUCCGCCCACUUUGGGCAAUAAACUCCACCCCAUCAUAUGACAUCACUGUCACAUAGAAAGGAUGUCGAGUCUGCCUCCAGAGUGGGUGGGUCUUUGGGACACACAAAACAUUCAUUCUUCAGGGCUUGGCAAUUAUUGGAAAAGAUCCGUAGUAGAAAAGCAGUUGCUCCGAGAAGGAAAGCGUUAAUCACACACAUACUGGAGAAAAAGAACUUCCCACCUCCCCGAUUAUUUUAUUUUAUUUUAUUAAUAUAUUUUCAGUGAAUGCCAGCUGCCUUUGGCAGGUACCAAAUACAAAUGGCGGUGAACAGAACGGUAAAUGUUUGGAUCAGGAAAUAUGGGCAAGGGUUUGGGUAUGUCAGCUUUUAACAAAGAACAGGAGGGAUUUACCUGGGAAUUAUAGAAAUAUUUUAAGACAAUAGUUUUUAAAGUUCUUCCUCCUGCUGUCAUAAAAGAUGUUAAGCUUGUUUUAUUUCAUGGCGCAGAGCGGGUUGGGAAAUCUUAACUUGAUGAACUGGAGGGCAUUUCACUCUACUCAAGAUCACAAAAUGCUCUUCCCAGCUUUUUCAGGGCAGUGAGAUUUUAAUAACUUUUGGAGAGGUAGGGAGAUUCUUUCAUGUUUUGGAAGCAGAGAGUUUUCCACGCUGUAUUUCCUGUAUUCCAGUUUUUCUUGCAGUUCAGAAUACUCGUGGAUUUCUCUACCAGGACUCGAUAGCUAGGGUUUAGUCAGAGAGAGUCAACUGUUCCAAGCACUUUUCUCCGGGCAACUUUCCAGUAGAGGCCGUCUUGGCGGCAGAAUUUCUCGGGAGAGGAUGUGUUUGAACCUGUGGUUUCUUUUCUGUCGAUUGUUCAUGAUGCAAUUUGAAAUGUGGACUGUUCUUGGAAUGCCUCAAGUGUCUUCCAUAGGGCUGAAGUUUUAGACAGGAAUAAAAGCUGAGCACCUAGAAGCUAUGAUAGCAGGAGGUUGACAGGUGUCUCCCCCCACACACACACUUUUUCAAGCAUCACGUGACUGUUUCCAGUUCAAGAACACUGGGCUUCAGACAGGCGACAUAGGAAGCUGCCUUAUGCUGAGUCAGACCCUUGGUCCACCUAGCUCAGCACUGACUGGCAGCGUCCCUUUCAGGGUUUCAGGCAGGAGUCUUUCCCAGCCCUACCUGGAGAUGCUGCCACGGGCUGAACCGGGGCCCUUUUAGAGAGAUUGGGGAUGGAAUAUAAAUCCUUAUACAUGGGCUUUACUGCUGAGCUGUGCCUCCUCCCUUCACUCAUUUCCAGAAUGCACACCCCAUGUGGCUCAGGGGGCAGAGAGUUUGGAUUUGGGAUCACGGGGUUGACAUCACUGGAAAGAUUCUGUGGUUCUGUUUCACUUUCAUGCGCUUUCAAGGUUCAUGCUUACAAAGUGUUGGACUGUUACAAGAUGUGACCUGUUUAUCUCAAGAACAUUUAGAGCCCUAGGGGCUCAGACCGAAGGCCUAUGAAGUCCAGCAUCCUGUUUCCUACAGUGGCCAACUAGAUGCCUCUAGGAAGCCCCCAAGCAGGGAAACCCUCUCCCACUGUUGCUCCCUCCAGCACCUGGCAUUCCAGGGUAGACUGCCUCUGAGCAUGAAGGUUCUAUCUAGCCAUCCUCCCCAACAGCCAUUGACAAAACUUAUUCUCUGUGAUAUUUUUUCCAAAUCCCCUUUUAAAGUCAUUUUGGCACGUCCAUCUCCUCAUACAAGUUCAUUCUUGGGAAAGCAGACAAAACAACCUCCAACCGUACCACCAACAGCAGGUGAUUCUAGGAUCCUGACAGAAGUCCGAACCCCACAGAACUUGCUCCCCCCCCCCCAAAUGCCUAUGUUCUGUUAGGGACGCUAGUCAUUUUCCAACACGGCUCUGAAGCGUUGCCACUUGGGGGCCUGGUAUCCUUCUAGAACUUUCUUUCAUUCACUCCUGUCGAGAGAACAUCCAGUUAGGCAUCUCGUGCUGACACUGGGAAACCAUAUGGAAGGCAAAGGAUCAAACGAGUAGAUGCACUUGGGAUGAACAAAUCUCUAUGCAAAAAUCCUGUGAAUGUUACAGUGAUAAAAGAACCAGCCCGGGUUGUUUUUUUCCUACUUGGGCUCUCAUAAGAACUGAUGAUAAUUUCACUUUAUAUGCUUGAUAGCUGUAUUUGUAACGGCUUGAAUUGGUAUCAUUUAACCUUCUCAGUUCUAGGCUGGGGACAUCUGAAAAUGGCAUUUCCUUGUGGCACGGAUAUUGAAUCUUAACCAGGCCCCUCUUGCGGGAUAGUCUUUCAUCUGUGACAAAAAUCAAGCAAGUUUGGAGACGUGACAUUUAAGAGGCAAAAAACCUCCAUGUCUGCCUGCUUCAGUGGUCCAAAAUUGACACCAUCCAGGCAUUCUGUUGCAGCCAUGGACAGUUUGCUAAUCUUGAUAUUUAGGGGAGGAAAAAAAAAUAAAGCUAAAAUCAUUUGCUGCGUGCAAGGAAAAUAAUUUUACGUACGGUGUUUUUUAAAAAAAUAAAUAAUAAAAUAACAUGCCAGUCGAGCAUCUCCAAUGGAUUUUGGGUUUUUUUACAGGGAUAAAAAGUCCACUCUCGAAUUUCGAAGGCAUUACCCCUUCACGGGGCGUGUGCCCUGGUUGAGUUCAAGGGUCCCUACCUGACAGAGGAGGAGCGGUUUGUUUUUAUGCUGUGGUGUGCAUGGUUCAUAAAAGGAAUUGUUUCAUUUUCUUUACUGUAUAUAGGGGACGUAUGCAUAUAAGGAUUCAAUUUUGUCAUCGCCGUAUGAAUUUUACCCAUUUCCACUGUAGGCCGGUAUCAUAUUGUGUAGAUUCACAACCAGGGCGGCGAGGGGAGAGAGUCCACUGACUUUGAUUGUGUAAUUUAAGAAUAGAGUUGAUAAAUAAACCUUAAUUACAGUC